CGUUGCUGUAUAGAUAGCUGUGCAGGAAGCAUGUGAUUUACUUAUUGGAAGGUGAGGACUGAAGGCGCGGUGUGUGACCCGGCUCAGCCAGAACCAAAUAAGAAUGGGGUAUGCUGAGGACCAUUUUUAUGAUGACUACUUAAGGAGAAACCUUCAUUUGCUGAAUCGUAUAAAAGUCAAUGAGAUGCUGAAUCAGUUAAGAGGAACCUUUACCAUCUCCAAUGGGGAGCAACUAGAGAGACAUUUGGAUAGAGAAGGCAAUACAAACACAGUGUUUAAUUUUCUGAAUGACCUGAGAAGGAGAGACGAUUGGGUGAACCAUUUAUUACAAGCCCUGUGGAACUGUGAGCAUCGUGAACUGUAUUAUACGCUUCGGGAUGAGUACAGGUUGCUUAGACCUAAAAGUGUUUGGGAACCUCCUCCUCCUCCCUACUCAUCUCAUUCUCUACCACCCAAUCCUUAUGACAAUCCUAAAUUGGACAGUCCACGAGGUUACGCAAGUCUUCCAAUUCAGUUGAAUCCCAGCUCUCUGGAACCACAGCCAGGUGCUCCAGUAGCUCCAUCUCGCAGCAGUGUCCAGCCCCAAGAAAGCAGCGAUCCAUCCACCCGACCUAGGGCUCCAAGUCCAAUAGCAAUUGCAGAACAACAGGCUUUACCAUAUGCUGUAGCGCAGCCUGAUGAAGUGGACACCAGGACAUCAGCAGAUGGCAUAUCUAAGACACCGGUGCCAGAAACGUCACCCUCUCCACUAUUUCUGGAAAGCAAUGGAGUUUUAAGUAAGGCUACUAAUCCUACAGAGCAGUAUUCAUCUGCUGCUGCUUCCCUCCCUGCAAGACAGGACAUUGCAAUGAGACACCCACUCCAGGAAAAGUCAGAGAAUCCAGAGGUGGUUCGUUCUAUGGAGCAGCACACCUCCCUGGUAAAUACUCCGCGGAAGGAUGUCGUCAAUAAUCCACCGCACACUCCUGUGAAUCGAGAAGUGGUUGGAAGUGAUGUGUCCAGUCCAUUCAGCUCUCCUAGUGGCAGUAUGAGUGCAAUUAACAACGCUUGGACGCCGCCACAGCAAAGACAAGUGGCUGGGUACUCACAGGUGGUUGGAAGUGAUGUGUCCAGUCCAUUCAGCUCUCCUAGUAGCAGUAUGGGUGCAAUUAACAACGCUUGGACGCCGCCACAGCAAAGAGAAGUGCCCGGGUACUCACAGGUUGCCUCUACCCCUCCUCCAGGCCAGCAGUAUACCGCAAAUGCCUUUAGCCAACGCCACCCGGUGGAAUCUGUCCCAAAUCCGGUCGCAGACGCUCCAUCCCAGCGUCCAUCGGUAUCGAGUUCUGAGUCUGGAGCUAAUGCUGGAGCGGGACACAGGCAGCAACCUACAUAUGAGUCGAGUGUGCAGCCCUCAUCGUGUAGACCAACAGAUGUCGACAAACCAGGAGUGCUGCAGUCUGUUGAUGGCUUUGCAGAUGUCACAAGAGAAACUGACGAGGUCGCUCCAUUAUCUAGGGUACCUGAACUUGAGAUAAGUGUUGAUGACUCGAGUAAUGGGGGUUCCCAGUGUUCGAGUUCUUCCCAACCGUCCGCCGCAAGGGCCAGCAACGGAAGUCCUACACCACGUGACGUGCCGACAACAAGCACGCCUAGUAAUGCAAGCUCAGGCAGAGUUCUUACAAAGAGGCCAGAGGAAAAUGAAGAUCCUACACGAGCUUCUAGCUCUGUUCAUAGCAAGGAUCCAAACAGACAUCAGCCAGAAGAGAACAGCUUUGAGAUUUCCAAUGACUUGAGUUACUACAGAGUUCAGUUCAAUGAACCCCCAUCAGUGGACCUCAUGUCCGGAAACCGUGUGCCGGAACCGAGAACAAGAAGAACCUCAGGAACCAGGGAGACAAGUGACGGCAAGGCAAAUCAAGAAAACGAAAAGCCCAGGGAGGACAACCUGCACAAUCCCCUUGUUAUCGCACUUUCAGCUGCUGUUGUUUGCCUUUCCAUAUACAUAGUAUGGCUCAAAUACAAAAACUAAGGCUCUAAAGCAGUGGUUCUCAACCUGGGGGUCGGGACCCCCUCGGGGGUCAAAUUAUGAUUUG